GUAACGCAAAAUACAGGAAAUACUCUGUAGAGUGACGCGUUCACAACAUGGCGACUGGUGCAGAUCAAGCUGUUGGACUGGGCCUUGUUGGUUUUAGUCUGUUACUGUUUACCUACUACACAAUAUGGGUUAUAGUACUGCCGUUUGUAGACAGUGAUCAUGUGAUCCACAGUUAUUUCCUUCCUCGGGAGUACUCAGUCAUACUUCCUGGGGUAGCAGCGUUAAUCCUCUUGCUCUGUGUUGGUACCUUUAUUGGUAUUGUAACCUGGAAAAAUCGGAAACCAAAGAAAGUCGACUAGAGAGAUUUUGUUCCUGUUUAUUCACCUGCCCAUUAAAGGACCUGAUGAAAAAUCAACCUGCACACUAGCUCCAGUCCUUGUGUAUAACUGUUCCUUACAGUUUUCUGACCUUUCCUGUAGAUUUCACAUUGCACACUACUGAACCUUUCGUCGUGACACCUGUCACAGCAGAUCUCAUAUCCUGUCAUGAGUGGUUAAAAUGUGUCUGAUAUUACAACAGUGUUAUGUUAGAAGUUCCAAAAGUGAUGAGCUCUCAAGUUGCCAUGACAAUGACUGGUACUGCUAACAACACACUAUAACAAAAGCUGAAUCCGUUUUCUGAUCACCCAUGACAAAUAGGCAUUUGACAUCUGACAGUUUUUUGACAUCUUCUGUCAGCGUCAUGACACAAGGUUCAUGUAAAAUGGCAAUGACUAAUAACGGCAAAUGAGCUAACAAUGCAAGCUACAACACACCAUUUACAAAACUAUUGACCAUAAGGUUUGUGGAUCCUAGCAACUGACACGAUGUUGUAUAGUCUGUCAGAAAAGCAGUUCCUAUGUUAAGUAACUUCUGGAACCACUUUGGUUAUUGUUUAUCUGCACUGUAUUAGACUGUAAAUAGAUCUAAACAUGUAUAAUUAAAAUUACAGACACAAAAUGCAAUUUUGACUGUCAGCUAGGAUGGAAACUCAAAAUAUGCUGAGAUUACAGGGAGAAAAGUUAUUCGUAUUUCAUUUUUAUAUGUUGCAAUAAAUAAAUAUUUUAAAUAUGUUAAA